UUCUGAGAUGACGGCUCUGGGUGUAGUGGGAGCUGCCCGGUUCUUAGUCGCCCUUAUCGCGGCUGUUCUUUGCAGCCACCCUGGGUUUGAAGUGAACGCCACCUUAAAUUCAGUUCUGGUCAAUUCCAAUGCUAUCAAGAACCUGCCCCCGCCGUUGGGCGGCGCUGCUGGCCACCCGGGCUCCACAGUCAGCGUGGCGCCAGGAAUUCUGUAUGAGGGCGGGAACAAGUACCAGACCCUUGACCACUACCAGCCGUACCCCUGCGCAGAGGACGAGGAGUGCAGCACAGACGAGUACUGCGCGAGUCCCACCCGCGGAGGGGGCGCGGGCGUGCAGAUCUGUCUCGCCUGCAGAAAGCGGCGAAAGCGCUGCAUGCGGCACGCUAUGUGCUGCCCCGGGAAUUACUGCAAAAACGGAAUAUGUAUGCCUUCUGAUCACAGUAAUUUCCAUCGAGGGGAAAUUGAGGAAACCAUCAUUGAAAGCUUUGGUAAUGAUCCCAGCACCUUGGAUGGGUACUCCAGAAGAACUACACUGUCUUCAAAAAUGUAUCACACCAAAGGUCAAGAAGGUUCUGUCUGUCUCCGAUCAUCAGACUGUGCCACAGGAUUGUGUUGUGCUAGACACUUCUGGUCCAAGAUCUGUAAACCUGUCCUCAAAGAAGGGCAAGUGUGCACCAAGCACAGGAGAAAAGGCUCCCAUGGGCUGGAAAUAUUUCAGCGCUGUUACUGUGGAGAAGGGCUGUCAUGCCGGAUACAGAAAGAUCAUUACCAAGCCAGUAAUUCUUCUAGGCUUCACACCUGUCAGAGACACUAACCCAGUUGUCUAAAUGCAGUGGACUUCUUUUAUAUAAUAUAUGCUAUGAAAAUCACUUAUGACUUUUAUCAGCUCAGUCUUAAGGAUGUAUAAAUUCUGUGGUUAUAGUUAAGCAUUCCAACAAUACCUUCCAAAAAUGUGGAGUGUAAGAGCUUUGUUUCUUUAUGAAACUCCCUUGUGAUUGCAGUAAAUUACUGUGUUGUAAAUUCUCAGUGUGGCACUUAACCUGUAAAUGCAACAAAACUUUUAAGUAUUUUUCUAAGGGUGCUACAUUGUCUGUUUUCUCUUAUGUAAAUUUUUGUACACAUUGAUUGUUAUCUUGACUGAUAAAUAUUCUAUAUUGAAUUGAAAUAAAUAAUUUCAGUUUAUAGUUCAUAAAUGCAUAACCCUUUCUACUUUUAAUUCUAGAGUUUAGAAUGCCUGAAGUUCUUGGGAUAACAAUUGAUGGACACCUAAAAUUUAGCAUGAAAAUACUAGACUAUUUUUUGAAGUGUACUAUCUCGAUGCUUAGAUUAUAUUUCUCUCUAGGUUGUGAUAGUCCUUGAAAUAAAAUUUAACAUUUACUAUCAUGAUAUGUUACAAGUAUAGAUA